AUGAGGAGGAAGUAUCAAGGUUCAAAGAGAGUAAAGCAUGCUCAACUUCAAGCAGUUAGAAGAGACUUUGAAAUUCUCCAAAUGCAAAAGGGAGAAACGGUGAAUGAUUAUAUUGACAAGGUUAUGAGUCUUGCAAGUAAAAUGAGGAUGCAUGGUGAUUCAAUCACGGAUAUUGCAGUUGUAGAAAAGAUUUUGCAAUCUCUAAUUCCAAAGUUCGAUUGCAUUGUAUGUUCUAUUGAAGAAGCAAACAAUGUCGAAGAGAUGCAAAUAGAUGAACUUCAAAGCUCCUUGCUAGUGCAUGAGCAGAAGCUUAAUCGCACGAGUGUAAUAGAGGAGAUGACAAGCUUAAAGAUAUGA